GUCAGUCCGCAGGGAUGGAGACGUUAGGCGAGCAGCAGCAUGCUGUCACGUACUGACAGCGAAAGCCAACAAGGGGAAAAAAAUUAUCAGCAGGACCGAAAUGCGCCAUGCAAGCGGCAGAGUGCUGAUAGUGUGGUUGUCCCGCAAUGAGCCGCCGACCUCCGGACCGGUGUGGAGAUGGACGGGACAUGAGGGCAGCCUGGAUCCUCACUGUGACCCUCAUCACCGCUCAGACUGCCGGAGGUUCACCGCUGGACCCCGAGGUUUUUCUGGAAAAGUAUGGCUAUCUCCAUCAGGACAACCACAUCCACAAUGCAGCUGAGAUGCAGUCAGCUAUCUGCGAGUUCCAGAUGUUGUCCCGGCUUCCGGUCACGGGUGAGCUUGACGGUGCCACCCUGAGGCAGAUGUCGGAGCCCCGCUGUGGGGUGUCGGAUGAGGGCAGCCAGCAUAUCUGGGCUCAGAGAGUAAACGCCAUCUUUACUGGAAAGAGCGCCGCUGUCAGACGACCACAGCGGAGGAGGGGGCGCUCUGCUGCGCAAGCUGAGAAGUGGUACAAACGUCAUCUGACCUACCAGAUAGUGAACUGGCCUCACCACCUGUCUCUGGGCUCUGUGCGUCUGGUGGUGCGCACUGCCUUCCAGCUGUGGAGCAACGUGUCGGGCCUGGUGUUCCAAGAGGCACCUGAAGGUCCCGCUGACAUCCGGUUGGCCUUUUACGAGGGAGACCACAACGACGGGGCCAGCAACGCCUUCGACGGACCAGGAGGAACUCUGGCUCACGCCUUCCUGCCUCGCCGAGGGGAAGCCCACUUCGACAGGGAGGAGAGGUGGACCCUAAACGGACACAAGGGACACAACCUGUUCAUGGUGACCGCCCACGAGAUCGGACACACUCUGGGACUUGAGCACUCCCCCGUCCGUCACGCCCUGAUGUCGCCGUACUACAGGAAGCUCGGCCGCGGCCUGGUGCUGAGCUGGGAUGACAUCAUCGCAGUGCAGCAACUGUACGGUAAGCCGCCAGGUGACCGGCCCGUGAGGCUGCCCGGCCAGGUUUUGCAUGCUGUGCUGCAGGAGUGGGAGUUCACAGAGCUUCACAACGGGCAUCAGACCGCAGGGCAGCCCCUCUACUGCCAGGGUAUCUUUGAUGCCAUCACUAUGGACCAGAAUGAGACAGUGCUGGUGUUUCGUGGCAGUGUGUACUGGACAGUGUCAGCUGAAGGCAGUGUGAGCGGCCCGCUGCCUCUCCGUCAGCGCUGGUCAGACCUCCCUAUCGCCAUCGAGGCUGCUGCGUUCUCCCCACUGGACUCCAAGUGGUAUUUUUUCAAAGGGAAGCGGAUGUGGCGCUACACAGGCAGCGUGCUGGACCCCGGCUUCCCCAGGAGGAGCACUGAGUUGGGGCUGCCUCGCCACCCAGACUGCGCCUUCUAUUACGCUCCUCUUGGUCACAUGGUCCUCUUCAAGGGCUCCCGCUACUCUGUACUUAACCUAAAAUCUCUGCGCCAAGAGCCCUACUACCCCCGCAGGCUGAAAGACUGGACUGGUGUGCCACAGGGGACCAACGGGGCGCUGACCCGUCCAGACGGGCGUCUCUACCUGUUCAGAGAGCAGCGGUUCUGGAGAUUUGACCCGGUCAAGGUGCAAGUCACCAGAGGGGGCCAGUGGGCCAAGGAUCUCAGAUGGACUGGUUGCAGCAACGCUCCUCAGAGCAACAAUAUCCUUUGACCAGCAGAGGGAGCUGUGGGUACUGUAUAUUGUGGAAAUACAGACACCAAUUUACUUCUGAGUCUCACCUGCAGCUGAACUUUGGCUUCUUCUGUAUCCCAGAGCACUGCCCCUUUGUCAGACUACACACCUGUGUCCUCCUGCAUGACUUCAGAUCAUCCUCUUAAAGGGUUUCUCCUCUUGUGAUCAUUACCACAGCAUGACGCAGUGGCAGCGAUUUAGAUGAAGAACUCAUCGACUGGCUCCUCUUUGUUUGUGCGUGCUGACAGCAACUCAGCAGUAGUUCUGUUCUCCACCACGGCCCCUUUGGAGGGGCUUUGUCCUGCUGCCACAGUCCUGCUGCCACAGCCCUUCCUGGUUGUAUCAGCAGAACCAGCGGAGCCCCAUGUCUUGGAGGGGCCCUGAGGGUGUGUGCUUGUCUGUGGCAGACAUUCAAUCAGCUCCUUGGCCAGUCCCUCACCAGCAGAAGCCCCAACAGCUGCAGGUCUCUCAGAGCAGAGAGUCAUCAAAAGGUCCAUGGAGGAAGAGCGAGCAAUUGUUUUGACUGCUUUGUCAGAGCGAGGUGAGACGGGCACUCCUGUGUCUACGUUGGUCUCUGCUUCCUCCUCCUCCUCCUCCAGAAGGAGAUGGGAGAGAGAACGGGUGAUGGAGGGGCGCAGAGGAGAGUCAGGGUGAUUGGUGGUUGAGGGCAGAGCAGGGCUGCUGCGCUGGGAUGAGUAACAGGAGCUGCCUGGAGGGGUGCUGCAGCAGCUUCCUGAUCCCAGACUCUCUGCUCCACCACCUCCUCCAUAAAGCUUCUCCAGGACAGGGUCACUGCGCGGUCUGUGGCCUAUAAACAACCAAAGACACAUAUAUCAGAAUUACAAAAUUGGGCAAUUAGAAACCUUUGUACUAUUGUACUAAACUCAAAUGUCACUGAACAUGAAAACAGCUCAGUGUUUAUUUUUUGCGUAGUGUCAACUCAAACUGUCUCAAAGAGUUUCAGAACCUUAUGGUCAGAUGAUUUGCAGAUGGUGUUACAGGAUAAGACUAGUGUUUUAUUUCUUGUUUUUUAUUUAAAAAAGUGAUUAGUUGUAAAAUAUACCAUCAUAUAUCCCAUCCUUUAAUGCUUUUACAUUAGACAAUAAAGUUUACAUUUGUGUUGUUGA